CUUCUCUUCUCCUUUCCCCCCCAAAUUUGAUGAUUUGUACACAAUAUCUCUCCUCAUCCAUCAUAUUGACAUAUUAUAUCCGAAGUACCUUAUUAAGACUCGGAUAUCGUUGCGGAUCCGACCGACAUCCCGCCCUGAGCCAAACUCGACCCGAUCGACGCUAAACCCUUCCCGUCAUAGCAUCCCUCCCGAUCUCAGUGCUUGCUGUGUGUGACGCAAGAGCUGCGAAUUCCCAUCUCGUUCCUUCGCGCUUUUGCUGUUUCUCCCAUACGACAUUUACAUCCCCUGCCAGAUUCCCCAUCCUCCCUCCCGCUACAUGCCUGCAAGCUGUAGCUUCCUUGCCACUACCUCGUCCUCGUCUAAGAGGUAAAACUCUCCUUCCGACUCUCUCUUCUUUUCUCUUCUUACCUUCCUUACGGAUACCACAAAACCCCCCGCCAUGAGCCAACGGAGGCCCACCAUCGAUCCUAGACGGAAAUCGUCAACACUCCACUACCAAACGUUCCCUACGAAACCUCCCUCUACUCGCGGUCAACCUCUAUCCUCCUCCCCUCCUCAAAGAAAUAGCGAAGGCUCCGAUUCCGACGAAGGUCACCAUGAGUCCCCCUUACCCACCAGACAGCUCGCCAUCCUCGCCAUCAUCGCCCUCGCCGAACAAACAGCCCUUAAUUCUAUAAGCCCCUACUUGCCAGAGAUGGCCAAGACAUUCCCCGAAGUUAAGGAUGGCCAGGCCGGUAUAGCUGUUGGCCUCAUCGCAUCCUCGUUCGCUUUGGCCCAGUUCGCGACCAACUUCUUCUGGGGCUGGUUGUCAGAUAGAGUGGGCAGGAAACCCGUCAUAAUAAUAGGAACGUUCCUGACCUUGGCUUGUUUCUUGGCCUUUGGCUUCUGCAGGACGUUGUGGCAAGCAAUCGUGGUUCAGAUGUUUAUGGGUCUUGUCAACGGCAAUGCUGGCGUUGUGUCAACUUGCCUGGGAGAGAUCACAGACCGAACAAACCAAUCCAAAGCAUUCACCUAUCUCCCGGUCGUCUAUGGCAUUGGCGCCAUCACCGGUCCCAUAGUCGGAGGCAUGUUGGUAUUCUACAAGAACCCAUUCAACAAGGCCCAGGAUAACCCCUACCCAUACCUGCUGCCGAAUCUAUUCUCUGCAGUGGUUCUCGCCAUCGACCUUAUUGUGUGCAUGCUCUUUCUCGACGAGAGUCUCGAAGAGGCACAACACCUGCCUCCUCUCGGCAAACGCGUAGAAAACCUGUUUGCCUGGCUUUGGCAGUUCACGACGUCCACACGACCAACAUAUAUUCGAUACGUGGUAGGAAAGCGAAAAUCAUCUCACAGCCAACGGCUCACCGAUGUUGACGAAGAAGACGAAGAAGAUGAAGACGACGACGAGAGCAAUGAUGACGACUCUGAAGGCUCUGCUCCUGUUCUGUUCCCUGCAGGCUCUGGCGAGCAACUCACAAGACGUGAGGUUUUCAAUCGCGAUACCAUCUUGCUCCUGGUAACCUAUUUCAUUUUCCAGCUGGCAAACAUAUCAUACAACUCUCUUUAUCCCAUAUUUGCCGAAGAGCUUCCCCCCACGGGACGAGGCCUGAAGCCAGAAGCCGUCGGACUCUCCUUGGCUUUCGCUGGCCUGAUCACCAUCUUAUUCCAGAUCGGCAUCUACGGGAAAUUGAGAGAGAAGAUUGGCAACAAGGUCACGUAUAGAGUCAGCCUAGCUGCUUUUGUCGUGGCCUUUUUGCUCAUGCCGUGGGUUGGCUACAAAGAUAGCAACCCUUCGUUCGGAAUCGGUACAGGUAGGGGCUGGCUAUGGGCCGAGCUCGGCGUCGUCCUCGUCAUUAAAACGGUUGCCAGUGUUGGCGGCCUUACAUCUGCGUUACUAUUGGUAACUAACUCCGCCCCGAAUCAUAACGUGCUUGGGACUCUGAAUGGACUUGCCCAAACGUUAUCCGCUGCUGGCCGCGCUGCCGGACCCUUUGUCUCUGGAUCACUAUUCACCGCUGCUACCAAUAUCCAGCCAAAGGGAGAGGCACUCGUUUUUGGCAUUUUCGGCGGGGUCUCGUUCAUAGGCUUUCUUCUCAGCUUUGGAAUCCGAGGAGAUGAUCUCGAGGCAGAAGGAUGGAGUUCCAGCGAAGAUCAAGUUGAUGAGGAAGAGGAGAUUGAAGGAGACGGCGACGGGCGAACAGACGACGAACAGACUCGCUUAUUACGAAAGUAACGACGGUAGUAACGCAUUGCAGCAUCGUAUCUGGCAUGCUGGGCGACUUUCAAGAGUAGUGUUGUGAACAUUAGCGUUGUACAUAGAAGGCACGUUCAGCGGGCAUGGUUUAUACCUUUUGGACACCAUAUUUAAUGAUAUAUGUAAAUUUAUGAUUUAAUUCUCUAUUUCAGCAUUUUCCUUGUCCAAUCACCGGCGGGCCAG